ACACACAUACAUAUAUAUAUAUGUAUAUCGCCCACGUCAGGUGAUUAAUCGAGUAUUGUUAUUGCGCAACUGUUGUUCGAGCGCCGAGGACGAGGAUGAUGAUCCCGAUGUGAAGGCACAAAGGGAGAAAGAGAGGCGGCAGGCGAACAAUGCUAGGGAAAGGAUACGUAUCAGAGACAUCAACGAGGCGUUGAAGGAGCUUGGCAGAAUGUGCAUGACGCAUUUAAAAACGGACAAACCUCAGACGAAGCUGGGUAUCCUAAAUAUGGCUGUCGAAGUGAUCAUGACGUUGGAGCAACAAGUCAGAGAACGAAACCUCAACCCAAAGGCAGCGUGUUUGAAGAGAAGGGAGGAGGAGAAGGCAGAGGAUGGACCUAAACUACCCGGGCAUCUGGCGGCGCACAUAGCUCAUCCUCAUCCCCACCCCCACGCGCAUUCUCAGCCCCCUUUCUCCGCGAUGCCUGGCCCACCACCUCCGCUUCAACACAAUCCAUCGCAGCCGCAGUAGCAGCGGCUCAGUGGCGGUAUGAUCCUGUGCUAAGGGGUAGAUACGGCUUAAACUUGUCGUAGGAUUUUUUU